AUGGUUAGGCUCUCUACCCUCGACAGAAGUAGCAUGAGGGAUGUGCCUCUCCCAAGGGUGUGCCAUUACUGCAACUUGGUCGAUGAGUCACACGAUCACUUAUUCUUUAGCUGCUCCUUCAUCAGACCCUUAUGGAUCCACCUUCAAGACACAUGCAAGUUCCGUUCCCCUGCUUCAUCGUGGAGUGGAUUUGUGAAUUGGGCAUCGCAUCAAUGGGCGAGACGUAAUUUGCGUAUGGCGGUGAACAAACUCAUGCUAUCCACAACCAUCAAUAAGAUAUGGAUGGAGCGAAAUAAUCGAGCCUUCAAGAAUCGAAGAUGCUCACAAAUGGAGUUACUCAGGCGAAUCACUGACUUGAUCAGACAGAAGCUACUUACUUUGCAGGUACGAGACUCUGUUGAUGCAAGACGUCUGAUCCUUGAAUGGAACCUACCUGUAUCGUUCAUCAGACCACCACUGGAGCCACCAGAUUGUUUCAAUUAA